AUUCUUGUCAAAGUCCACGGGAUGAAGGUAACAUAGGCGGGCGCUGCCAGAUUUUGGUACUCCACAAACGCUUCUUUGAGUUCCAUCACUCCCUGACAAGUCACCACCAUGAGUGCCGACGUUGCGCCUCUGUUCACGUCAAGCGCCGGUUUUCCGAUGAGUCCCAUCAGUUUUUCUCGGACCGCCCUUCUCCAUCCGCUCUUCCGCAGAACCGCAAGGCUCACUGCUCCGCUGAUUCUCUCCGGGAAUCCCACGGCAGCUCGAAGAUCCGUAAGUGCUGCUCUGAACGCGGAGGAUGCUUCCAUGACGGAGAAACUUGAUGCUCCGGUGAGGAUAGUAGCUUUUGUCGGCGACGGCAGCGUCAGCCCCCUCAAGUCCACUCCUUGGCAUGACGUCAUGCUCCACACCGUGAUUGGCCCGGUUUUUUCAAUUAGAGAACCAAGUAAUUGCCUCAUACACCCUUAUUUGGAACAGCCUCAAAGGGAGUAUGAUACUGCAAUGUCUUUUUUUUUUACGGCACAAAGGUUGAAGUGGGUUGAUGAACAGUAUGAAAUGCACGUUUUUAGUGAUAACUUUUAUCAGUCUAACAAUGAAAAUGCCAAACGUGUUACAGAGGAAGUGUGCCAAUCAAAUGUUAUGGUCGUCGUUGCUGUUACAAAUGAAGAAUCAGUCAAAUGGAUUCAAGAACAUGGCUAUUUUGUCCCAAAUAUCAUAUGUUUCGAGUCAUCUGCAGCAUUACCAAACAAGCUCGGAGGGCUAGUUAUUGAAACUGAAACUAAGGGGAAUAUAUUUGGAGGUUUAUCUUCAAUUUCUCAAUGGAAGAAACUAGACGAAUCCAGGGAAGUGGCCAAAACUGUGUCUUUAGCUUGGGAUAGGCAUAAUUCUGAUGAUAUACGGUUUUGUUUGUUGGUUAUAAUCAAUGCUUAUAUAACUCCAGUUCCAACAUUGAAGAACUUAAGAGCAACAGGCUUCUCUACCUUAAACUGCAUGUUGAAAAACUGUGGGGCCCAGAUACUGAACUGCCUUUUGGAUCCUAACUGUAGAAAAGCCAUUUGGUGCUUAAACCAGUGCAGCGCAGUGGACCAGGUAUGCAAUUACACAUGUAUAGCUUCGUAUGAGAGCCCAUACCUGGAAGAGUUCUCUCUUUGUGUACUUCAGAAGAACAACUGCUUAGGGUUGGACGUGAAAAUCCCAGAAAAACCUCAUGUAGCUCCGUUGUCAGAGUUUCGUGGGCAAAAAUUGUGUCACGAGACAGCAGAGGAUCUUUUCGUGGGUUGGUUGGGGAAAUUGGAUUGGAGUUGGCGUGUUGUGGCUGGGCAAAACCCAGCCUAUGAUCAAUUCCCAUGCCAAUACCAAUUAUUCUAUAGAGGAAAAGCAAAGGGAUCGUUUUGGUACGAACCAGUCUUUCAGGUCAGGACACUUGAUAGGGGGGCUCUGGUGUGGAGAAGGCGAAAGUACAGAGUAAAAAUAGGGAAAGUCCCAGGGACAUUUCGCUUCAGUGUCUUGGAUAAUGGAGUUGUUUCAAAUGAGAUAUGGACGAUUGUUGAUGUUUGUGAGGAUCUAAGCUGGGGAUUGUUUCACUACCAUGGGGCCGCUCGAGUGGCAGGGCAAACAUACUCCGGGGCAGUGCUGGUCAGCCCAGACGGUGUGUAUCCCGAUGAGAAACAACACCGCCAGAGAUUGAUAGCUGCAUUGGAUAGGUGCUGUAUCAAAGAGUGGGAGCUCUUCAUGGUUGAUAAUAAUUGCUCAUGUCAAGAUCCGCCUCUAUGUCUUCCUGAGGGGUGUAGUCUACAUUAUAAUGUUGAUGUAGAUCAUAGCAGGAAACCAGUGUCUCUUUAGUUGGUCCCCAGGCAUCGAUAGAUCUUAGGUGCCAACAACCUUGCUGUCCAUAAUAUUACAAUGGGAAAAUGUCAUGGUCAAGGGUUCCAUCAUGGAAAAUUCCCUCCGUCCCAAUAUUAUCUUCAUUCUUCUUUUUUACGUUCGUCCCAAUAUAAACUCAUCUUUCCCUUUUUGGCAAAGAACGUGUGGCUCACAAUAUGUGUUUCAACCUUCUCUUUCCUCUGCACAAUUUUAGGCCACACAUUUCCCAGUUUUAAAAUCUAUGAGGCAAGUUUGAUCACGAGUUAAUAUUGGGACGGAGAAAGUAAUAAUAACAAAAUGAUGUGUCAUGAAUCAUGGCCAGUGUAUAAUGUAUAUACAGAUAUACUGGAGAACCUGAUAUACUCUUUCUUCUUAAUUUUUUAGUAGUUUCACGAUAUUUUUCUAAAGUUAUGAAUAUAGUUGUAUACGGU